AUGUCUAUCAAGAACGUAAUUAUCAUUGGAGCGGGCGGCAACCUCGGACCCUCUAUCUUGGAUGCAUUCCUCAAAGAGUCCUCCUUCAACACAACCGUCCUUUCUCGCCAGGGCUCCAAAUCUACCUUUUCUUCAGGUGUCAAGGUUAUCCGCGCAGAUUACGAUUCCCUCGACAGCUUAAAAGAGGCAUUCCAGGGCCAAGAUGCUGUCAUCUCACUCGUCGGCGGUACGGCACUGGGCGACCAAAACAAGUUGAUCGAUGCCGCCAUCGCAGCGGGAGUGAAGCGCUUUGUCCCCUCAGAGUACGGAAGCAACACACCUGACAAGCGUACUCGCGACAUUGUACCCGUCUUUGAGGCCAAGUUCAACACAGUCAAUUACCUCAAGAGCAAGGAGAAGGAGAUCAGCUGGACCAGCAUUGUCACUGGUCCCUUCUUUGAUUGGGGCCUCAAGGUCGGUUUCCUAGGCUUUGACGGCAAAUCCAAGACUGCCACUCUUUUCGAUGAUGGCGAGGCCGUCUUCUCAGCUACCAAUCUCCACCAAAUUGGUGUUACAAGUGUAAAAGCACUUGAGCACGCAGACUUGACUAAGAACCAAUACGUCUACGUCAGCGGGUUUCAGACGACACAGAACGAGGUCCUGGCUGCAGCAGAGAAAGUCACUGGCGCGAAGUGGACUGUCAACAAGGCCAGCGCGAAGGAGCAUAUUGAGCAGGGGCGUACUAAGCUCCAAUCGGGAGACUACAUAGGCAUCAUGUUCCUUAUUCAGGGUGCUACGUUUUCCAAAGACCAGCAGCUGGGCGACUUCUCAUCCGAGGGCUUGUGGAAUGAGAAGCUGGGUGUACCCAAGGAGGGUCUUGAGGAGACUAUCAAGGCUGUAUGGGGUUGA